AUGCCUUCGCCAAGGCAACUACGCACACUUCUGAUUGGUGUUAUGAUCGGCGUCGUCUUCGUCCUCUUCUACACGUCGUCACUUCGAUCCAACGAAGUCAAGGACGGGCGAACCGUCCAGGACUUCUACCACAAGACGGUCAAUGGCCUGAACAAGAAACCACCACCUGGCCAGGCGGUGCUAGAUCAAAAGAAGGGCAAGCCCGCUGGCCACGUGCCUGUCGAUAAGGAUGCCGACGGCGACAUUGACGAUGACGAUGCGAAGCUGGCCAAGGAUAUGGCAGGAAGGUUGAAGGCCGCCGAGGACAAGGCCAAGGAGCUCGCGAACAAGAAGUCGCCGUUGAAGCCCGAUCCGCCGAGUGAGGUUGUUGGGAAGGGCAACUCAGCUGCUGGCCAAGACAAGAAGAAGGAAAAGACGGGCACCGCCAAGGAGGUCGCCACAGAGAGCAAAAAAGAAGACAAGAAGGAGGAGAGCGACGAGGAGCAUGCUGUUGAAGUUGAGCUGAACACCAUCCUCAAAAAGUCGCCCGUCAUCAUCUUUUCCAAGUCAUACUGUCCCUACUCGAAGAAGGCGAAAGAGAUCUUGCUCAACAAGUACUCGAUCGAGCCGGCUCCCUUUGUCGUCGAACUCGAUAAGCACCCCCUUGGCCCUCAGCUGCAAGCAUUUCUGGGCGAGAAGACUGGCCGCAAAACCGUUCCCAACAUUUUGGUCAAUAGCGUGAGCAUUGGUGGGGGCGAUGAUAUCGUCGAGCUCGACGAACAACAAAAGUUGCUACCCAGGAUUGUGGAUCUCGGACAGAAGAAGGUCGAGAUGAAGUUGCAGACUGCCGGCGGAUCUAAGAAGAAGGACUAG